AUGUGGUUCAUUCGUGAGACGGAUGCUGAAAAGACUUUCGAGAAUGCUUUUGAAGGUGUUUGUAGUUUGCGUGACAUUGGUGCCGUUGAAACGAACGAGAAAAGACCACUUAAAUCGAAUCAGAUUGCAAAAAACAUAGAUGAGUUAAAGAGAAAGCUUAAAAAAAAUAAGUCACGGCUUUAUCAAAGUCUUCACUCUAGUCUUAUUCGAGUAAAUCUAUCCAAGUUAAAAUGGAGAGAUUCCCUGGCCAGUCAAGUUAUUAGUGACGACUCAAAAUUAGUGCAGGAGUUGGAGGAUGAACUACGAGAUUCCUUUACGGAACCGAAACGGAAAAUGGCACCAAGAUCUCUUCCAACAAUUGUGCAAAGAAAGUGUAAAGAAUUUGUGGAUAGUUUUAUUGAGGAUCAUGUAACCAGCUUACCGCGAAAACUUACUCAUAACGGGGAGUGGAAAGAGUCUGGUCCUGAGCUUGUAAAUGUUACUGAGAAAAUUUUAGAUUCGUUGAGAGAUGCUUGGAAUAAUCCGGCGUUUAGUCCAAAGUUUGAGGAAUCACAAAGGGAAAGCACUUAUGUAAACAAGAUUAUAUUACCAGCAAUCCGCGCUUCAUUAAAGUACCUUCCACUAAGAAAAUCAACAUACGUCAGUAGUUCUGAACGUAAAAGCAACGCUAGUGCCGAUAGAAAGGAGAAUGGGCGGUUUGGGAAACGGCCAGACAUCAUGUUCGUUAUGAAACGUGGUGAACUUUUAUAUACUGAAUGUUCACAUCUGUCAUGUAGUGCAAGAAAGGAGAGGGAUGAUGGUGUGAAGUUGUGGCGCGAAACCAAUGAUGGUAGCGGAAAAAAAAUGUGCCUAAAUGAUCUUAUUAGGGAUAAUAGCGACGUGCAUCGGUAUUAUCAUCUUCACGAAUCGACAAUACCAAUUCAACAAUUAGACCUCCCUUUCGUUUCAAAAUUUAUAGAGACCUUACUAAUAAUGCGAAAUAUCCUGAUCGUAAACAUGUCCUUACUUUAUAGUGUACCUCUAAAUCGUUCAACGUCUACGGAAGAUAGUUCUACCGUGGACUCUGAUUAA